ACCCGCCAAGCUCAGUCAACCCGACGAGCAAGCGGAAAAGCCGGUCCCCAUAUUUUGAUUUUUUUCGAUAAAAAUGUGCGGAGGCAUUUUAGGAAGACUCCUAAAACCCUUCAGGAAACUCAGCAGCUUAGUUCCUCUCGCCGCCGUCGCGUCCGCCGCCGUAACCCCUGGCCACUGCAACUCCGCCGCUAUGAGUGCCAAAGCGCACCAUAGAACCAGCGUCUGCAUCAUCGGAAGCGGCCCCGCUGCUCACACUGCUGCCAUCUAUGCCGCCCGCGCGGAGCUCAAGCCCAUCCUUUUCGAAGGCUGGAUGGCCAACGACAUCGCCCCCGGUGGUCAGCUCACCACCACCACGGAUGUCGAUAACUUCCCCGGUUUCCCUGACGGUAUUAUGGGAAUAGAGCUUAUGGAUCACUGCCGCAAGCAGUCUCUUCGAUUUGGGACGGAGAUCCACACCGAGACCGUCUCUCAUGUGGACUUCUCUUCCAGGCCCUUUAAGGUGUUCUCUGAUGAGAGAAUUGUGGAAGCGGAUGCCGUGAUCGUCGCGACUGGCGCGGUUGCCAAACGGCUAGAGUUCCCUGGCUCUGGAUCUGGAGAAAAUGGCUUCUGGAACCGUGGCAUAUCUGCCUGCGCCGUCUGCGACGGUGCUGCGCCUAUUUUCCGCGACAAGCCCUUGGCAGUGAUCGGAGGUGGUGAUUCCGCCAUGGAAGAAGCUACUUUCCUGACAAAGUUCGGCUCCAAAGUUUACAUUAUCCACAGGAGAGACGAGUUCAGGGCUUCCAAGUUUAUGCAGAAUAAGGCUCUCAAUAAUCCUAAAAUUGAUGUGAUCUGGAACUCCUCUGUGGAAGAGGCCUAUGGAGAUAAGAAACUUGGAGGACUCAAAGUGAGGAACUUGGUUGACGGAAAAGUCUCAGACCUGAAGGUUUCUGGCUUGUUUUUUGCCAUUGGGCACGAACCAGCCACCAAGUUCCUGAGCGGGCAAUUGGAAUUGGAUUCCGAUGGGUAUGUUGUUACCAAGCCCGGGACUACCCUUACUAGUGUGAAGGGUGUUUUUGCAGCGGGUGACGUCCAGGAUAAGAAGUACAGGCAGGCUAUCACGGCUGCUGGAUCAGGAUGCAUGGCAGCAUUGGAUGCAGAGCAUUACUUGCAGGGAAUUGGUGCCCAGGAGGGAAAGAGUGAUUGAGUGCGGGAUUCUUAUCAAGAACCAGUGUUGAAUUUGUUUCAAAACUCAAAAGAACUUGCCUAUAUAUUUGAUCUCUUUUAAUUGUUGUUAUACGGCUAUUGGGUAGAGAAACCGGCCAUGCUGAUUAGCUGAUCUCCCCUUGGUUGGACACUUGGUCACUUGGACGUCAUUACUCAUUAUAUUCGGAAGCUUUAUUACUACGGAGUAUAAGAGGAUUUGUAUUCAAAAAAGAAUUACUACGGAGUAUUUGAAUGCAAUAUAUUUAAUGUAAUUGAACUUCCAAAUUUUACUGCGGUGUAAUUGUUUGUGUUUCUCUUGGUAUAACUUAAAACUUAGAAAUCAAUGUUCUUCACCCCGGGCCUCUAUGAGAGCUCCACGUCAUCAAAUAAAGAUGAUGGGGUGAUACAUGACUGAUGGGCCUUUCCACGUACUUCUUCUGGACGUAACAGUCAUCUGUAUCUUGGGUCACUCUUAUGAAGCUUGCAAUACUUUCCUCGGGUAGCUUAGUUGUUGAUAAUGUCGCAAUUAUCAAGCAACGAUACCAAUCUCUCUCCUAAAAAGGCAAUUUUUUCUGGUAUGAGAGAAAUAGAGGAGUUAUGAUCUCUAGUUGAACACUUUCUUACACUUACUUUCUCUAUAAAUAUAGAAGUUAUGGUCCCUAGUAGGG